CCUCAAUUUCCACAAGAGCUGUCUAUAUUUGGCCUAAUAAAGCAAACCACCCAAAAUUCCCCCAUUUUACUUUUUACCGCUCUCUUCUCUACCCUCAGAAAAGAAUGAUCAUGAUCUGGGUGAGCUAGUUCAUCGCACCACGGUCAUGAUCUUCCAUUACACCAGCCUCUGAGCACUCUGAUUUAGUUCUUUGUUUUUUUCCCAAUAUUUUCUGAUUUUGUUCCCACUUGAAUUAGUCAUAACUAGCAUUAGUAUUGUCUUUUUCACUUUUGUUUCUGGAUCGAAAAAAUGGCAAAGCGAUCAUUUACAUGUUUUGUUGAACAAGAAUUGGGAAAGUUCCCCCACUUCUUGAUCUUCGCCGUGCUCGAAUGGGUGUUGAUAAUUCUGCUAUUCAUUGAUGGGUUUAUUGCAUUUGUAGCCAAUGAAUUCGCCAAAUUCUUCGAACUUAAAGUCCCUUGCUUGCUUUGCACUAGAAUUGAUCAUGUACUGUUCAACAAAGACCCCGAUUUCUACUACAAUGAUUCAAUAUGUGAAGCUCACAAGAAGGGUAUUUCAUCUUUGGCAUAUUGCCACAACCAUAAGAAAUUGUCCGACAUAAGAAAGAUGUGUGAAGGGUGCCUUCUUUCAUUUGCAACCGAGAAAGAAUCUGAUUGCAUUACGUACAAGUCUCUUGUAGGGAUUUUGCACAAGGAUCUUGAGUGUUUUGUUAAAGAUGAUCUAAAUUUGGCUAUAGGCAAGAAGGAUGAUAUUGUCCAGGUUGAGAAGAUCAUCAGUAGCAUUCAUUGUUGUUCGUGUUGUGGAGAGCCUUUGAAGGUGAAUUCAUCAUAUUCAAAGGGAAAAGGCGCCGGUGCGUAUUCACUAACUCCUGCUCCUUCACCACGAACGCCAUUAGCGGCAUUGGCAAAAGAGGAGACUCGCAAUAUGGAUUUUAAAUUUGUUCCUGACCCUGACUCACUGCUGGAGGACGACGACGGCUCGACUGCAUUCAAUCCCGAUACUCAAUCUAGAGAAGAAGUAAAAGCUGCAACAGUUGCAUUAUUGACAGAAGCUGAGGAUUUGAUUGAUGAAGCCUCUAAGAGCCCUAACUUUGGUAGAGGGAACAGGUUCUUUGGAAUCCCACUGUCAGAUUCAGCCACUAACAGUCCUAGGUUGGGUAAUAGGAUUACAAGGAAAUCGCCACUUGGAAAAACAACGUUUACUGCAGAGUCUAUUGAAGAAAAUCAACCAAAUGAAGCCGUCAGUGCUAAUUCCGUCCUGCAUAAAUUGAAGAGACAGGUUCGCUUAGAUCGAAAGUCGCUUAUUGCUUUGUACAUGGAAUUGGAUGAAGAAAGAAGUGCUUCAGCUGUUGCAGCUAACAAUGCAAUGGCCAUGAUCACCCGGUUACAAGCAGAAAAGGCAGCUGUUCAGAUGGAUGCCUUACAGUAUCAGAGAAUGAUGGAGGAGCAGGCAGAGUAUGACCAAGAAGCCCUAGAAGAAGCGAUUGAUUUGCUUGCCAAGAGAGAAGAAGAAAUUAAGGUUUUAGAGGAUGAACUUGAAGCAUAUAGAGAAAAGUAUGGAAGCACAAGGGAAGAUGGUUUCAAGAGAGGUGAGAUUGAGGGUGAUGAGAAUUACAGAGACAAUAGCUCACAAUCUUACUCAUCUUACAAUGCAAAAUCUGAAAGUGGCAGUUGUAAUGUUAAUGUCAAUGAAGGGGAGAUAAAUGGAGAAGAUGCACACAACAAUUCUCAACCCUUUUCAACACAAGAAGCAAAUGGAGGGGGUAUCCCAAGCGAAUCAUUGAAACAUGUUAAAGCAGGAAAGCAAAGGAAAACUCUCCUAACGAGAGAGUUGUCUCAUCUUAGUAAGAGGGUGAAGGCCCUUGAAGCAGACAAUGGAUUCCUAGAUCAAGCUGCUCAGACGCUUGAGAAACAUAGUGAAGGAACUAAACUUUUGAUAGAGAUAUCUCGAAAUCUGAGGAAGCUUCGGCAACUUGUGACAAUGCCUCUCGAAGAGAAUGAUGCAUGAUUCUUAUCCUAACAUUUUUUACGGUAAAUGUAAUUUGGGUCUAAUUAUUGUGCUCAAUUGUCACGAUAUGUUUAGUUAGCUAUGGUCAAGAUUCUCUAAACAUCUUAAUUUCUGCAGAGUAUAAUAGUGAAUGUAGUUGACGGGAAGUUUAGAAACUGUGCUAAUAUUUGUUCUGUUUGCUCAAAUGCAUACUUACCGAAGCAAAACAGGAUUACAUCCUUUUUCUUUUCUUUUUUUUUUAAUUUAUUGAAGUGCUCAACUGCAGUUGAUCAAAACAAAAAUUUUAUUUGCAGUCACUUUUGCGUACUCCACUGAUAUGAUUAGUUGUGUAUUAUAAAAAAUUGAUAUAGUCAAUCACAUCAGUAGAGUGCACAGGAAGUACGCAAAAGUGAUUAUUUGUAGUAUUACUCCAUUGCAAUGUCUACAUCAACUUUUAUCAGUGAAAGUAACCUUUCGAUCAA